AUGAUUCUCGAUACUAUCCUGUCACAUGUGCCAAAAGUUGUCCUCACCGGGCUUGCUGGUAUUGGAGCUUUCAUUGUCGCUGGCAAAGUCAUCAGCUAUAUACGGCUUUUAUUAAGUCUAUUCGUCCUAUCUGGAAAGAAUCUUCGUACCUAUGGAAAGAAAGGAACUUGGGCAGUAGUAACUGGAGCCUCCGAUGGUCUUGGCAAAGAAUAUGCAAUUCAACUUGCCCAGAAAGGCUUCAAUAUCGUUCUCAUCUCCCGUACCGAAUCAAAACUUCAAACCCUUGCCUCCGAGAUCCAAACCAAAUAUGCUGGUUCAAAUAUUCAAACAAAGAUUCUUGCAAUGGAUUUCGCUGCGAACAGGGACGAGGAUUAUGCAAAAUUGAAAGCUCUUGUUGAUGGACUUGACGUAGGAAUCUUAGUCAAUAAUGUUGGACAGAGCCACAGCAUUCCAGUUCCAUUCAUUCAAACUCCAAAGGAAGAGAUGAGGGACAUUAUUACCAUCAACUGCAUAGGUACACUCCGGGUUACUCAAAUUGUAGCACCUGGAAUGGUUCAACGCAAACGAGGAUUGAUUUUAACUAUGGGUUCAUUUGGUGGAUGGUUGCCUACUCCUCUACUGGCCACCUACUCUGGAAGCAAGGCAUUCUUACAACAAUGGUCGACAUCUCUCGGAGGUGAACUUGAGGGUACAGGGGUCGACGUAGAGUUGGUAUUGAGCUACCUCGUUACAACCGCAAUGAGCAAGAUUCGACGUACCAGCCUGUUUAUACCAAACCCAAGAACAUUUGUCAAGACUACUUUGGCCAAGGUUGGUAGAAGUGGAGGUGCUCAGAAGAUUGCUUAUACAAGUACACCAUUCUGGGGCCAUGCGUUAAUGCAGUGGUGGUUGGAGAAUACGUUGGGUGUUGGAGGAUCUUUUGUGGUCAACCAAAAUAAGGUUAUGCAUCAGAGUAUCAGGGCCAGAGCCUUGAAAAAGGCUGAAAGGGAUGCCAAGAAGGCCUGA